AUGGCGCUGCAGGACCGCAUCUCCGAGGAGGCAAGGGAGGGUGAGGUCAGUCACGUUACCCCUGCAGUGCCCUACGAGCCGUCACCGCCGAUGCGCGCGCCAUGGUGCUGCUGGACAGCGUCUCUGGGGAGGCAAUGGAGGGCGAAGGUCAGCCGCGUUCCCCUUGGGUCGUCCAUCUGCCGGUGGCGAUGCCGGGCGAAGGUCCUCGUGCGAGCAAGGAUCGGUGCGCCCGAAGCCCACCACAUGCUCGAUGGAAUGCCAGUGACAGACUUAGAACUCUGUAUAAGACUGCAGUUUCAUGAUUGUAUCCCUUCUUUGUAG